AUGGCUUUGUUUUUUGCUGUCUGCCUCUUGCUUUCAGGUGCUUUGCUCUGUUGUCAUGACAUCUCUGUCACUGCUCUCCUCUCACUCUCUUUCCCGUUUCCCUCUUCCAUCAGGUUGUUCAGUGUGGUUCUGGAGAUGAUAACCAAAGACGCUGACUCUGGCGGCCAGUCUGGAGGCAAACCCGGGGGGUUUGAUGUCAAGGCCCUCCGAGCUUUUCGCGUGCUUCGUCCCCUUCGCCUUGUCUCUGGAGUUCCUAGUUUACAGGUGGUUUUAAACUCCAUUAUUAAAGCCAUGGUUCCUCUGCUUCACAUCGCUCUGCUGGUCCUCUUUGUCAUUAUCAUCUACGCCAUCAUCGGCCUGGAGCUCUUCAUUGGCAAAAUGCAUGCAACAUGCUACGUGAUACCAGUUACAGGUGCCCUCGCGGAAGAAGAGCCCACGCCGUGUGCGGUUUCAGGUCACGGCCGCCAUUGUCUGCUCAAUGGUACGUCUUGCAGAGAGGGCUGGCAAGGCCCCAACAACGGCAUCACCAACUUCGACAACUUUUUGUUUGCCAUGCUCACUGUGUUCCAGUGCAUCACCAUGGAGGGCUGGACCGACGUUCUCUACUGGAUGAAUGAUGCAAUGGGCUUUGAGCUGCCCUGGGUCUACUUUGUCAGUCUGGUCAUCUUUGGAUCCUUCUUUGUUCUCAACUUAGUUCUGGGUGUGUUGAGCGGAGAGUUUUCCAAAGAGCGAGAGAAGGCCAAGGCUCGGGGAGAUUUCCAGAAGCUGCGUGAGAAGCAACAGUUAGAGGAAGACCUGAAAGGCUACCUGGACUGGAUCACCCAGGCUGAGGACAUCGACCCCGAGAACGAGGAGGAGGGGGACGAGGAGGGCAAGCGUAACCCGAGCAUGCCCAGUGAGACAGAAUCGGCAAACAUAGAGAAUCACAAGGGAGAGGAAAACAAAUCGCCCUGCUGUGGGCCGCUAUGUCAAAAAAUUACUAAGUCAAAGUUCAGUCGUCAGUGGCGACGGUGGAACCGUUUCUGCCGCAGAAAGUGUCGAGCAGCCGUGAAGUCUGUGACGUUUUAUUGGAUGGUCAUCAUCCUGGUGUUCCUCAACACACUCACCAUUGCCUCUGAGCACUACAACCAGCCGGACUGGCUCACCGAAGUACAGGACGUAGCCAACAAAGUUCUCCUGGCGAUGUUCACCUUGGAGAUGCUAGUGAAGAUGUACAGUCUGGGGCUGCAGGCGUACUUCGUGUCCUUGUUUAACCGCUUUGACUGUUUCGUGGUGUGCGGAGGCAUCGUAGAGACCAUCCUGGUGGAGCUGGCCAUCAUGUCUCCGCUGGGCAUCUCUGUUUUCCGUUGCGUACGACUCCUUAGGAUCUUCAAGGUUACACGUCAUUGGGCGUCCCUCAGUAACCUCGUGGCCUCUCUGCUCAACUCCAUGAAGUCCAUCGCCUCCCUGUUGCUGCUGCUCUUCCUUUUCAUCAUCAUUUUCUCCCUGCUCGGCAUGCAGCUUUUUGGGGGCAAGUUUAAUUUUGACGAGACUGUGACCAAAAGGAGCACGUUUGAUAACUUCCCCCAGGCCCUGCUCACUGUGUUCCAGAUUUUGACAGGAGAAGACUGGAACACGGUGAUGUAUGAUGGUAUCAUGGCGUACGGCGGUCCGGCCUCCUCUGGGAUGGUGGUCUGCAUUUACUUCAUCAUCCUCUUCAUCUGUGGAAACUACAUCCUGCUAAACGUCUUCUUGGCCAUUGCCGUUGACAACCUGGCAGACGCGGAGAGCCUCAACACAGCACAGAAGGAGGAAGAGGAGGCCAAGAAGAGAAAGAAUAGUGCCAAGGAUAUGAACACUGAUAAGAAGAGAGUUGAAAUAAUGGACGUCAAGGAUGGAGAGAUCAAGGUGCCAGCAGAGGUCUUGCUGGAGGAAGACAAGGAGUCGUAUUCUGCCAUCGACUCUCCAGCUUGUGAUGAUGACGACGAUAACGGCAUUCUCCCAGACGUCCCGCCAGGUCCCCGUCCUCAGAGGCUGUCUGAACUCACCAUCAAAGAAAAGACUCCGCCCAUCCCGACGGGCAGCGCCUUUUUCAUCUUCAGCAGCACUAACCCGUUUCGUGUGUUCUGCCAUAAGCUGAUCAACCAUCAGAUCUUCACCAACCUAAUCCUGGUCUUCAUCAUGCUCAGCUCCGUCUCUCUGGCUGCUGAGGACCCAAUACGUAACUUCUCUGCUCGCAACAUCAUACUUGGUUAUUUUGACUAUGCUUUCACCGCAAUCUUUACUGUUGAGAUCCUGUUGAAGAUCCUAGGCUAUGCAGACUAUGUCUUCACUAGUAUGUUUACAUUUGAGAUCCUUAUUAAGAUGACAGCGUUUGGAGCGUUCCUUCACAAAGGGGCGUUUUGUAGAAACUACUUCAACCUAUUAGACCUGCUGGUCGUUGGUGUGUCUCUGGUCUCCUUUGGCAUCCAGUCCUCUGCUAUUUCAGUGGUGAAGAUUCUCCGUGUUUUGAGAGUCCUCCGUCCGCUCAGGGCCAUCAACAGAGCCAAGGGACUGAAGCAUGUGGUCCAGUGUGUUUUUGUGGCCAUCAGGACCAUCGGCAACAUCAUGAUUGUCACCACGCUGCUGCAGUUCAUGUUCGCUUGUAUCGGAGUGCAGCUCUUCAAGGGGAAAUUUUAUCGCUGCACAGAUGAUGCCAAGUCCAGUCCAGAAGACUGCAAGGGUACCUACAUUCUCUACAACAACGGGGACACGGCGCUACCCAUGGUGAAGGACAGGAUCUGGUACAACAGCGACUUCAACUUUGACAACGUCCUCAUGGCCAUGAUGGCUCUUUUUACUGUCUCCACAUUUGAAGGGUGGCCCACUCUACUCUACAAGGCCAUCGACUCUAACAGAGAGAACAUGGGUCCCAUCUACAACUACCGCAUCGAGAUCUCCAUUUUCUUCAUCAUCUACAUCAUCAUCAUCGCCUUCUUCAUGAUGAACAUCUUCGUUGGUUUCGUUAUCGUGACCUUUCAGGAGCAGGGCGAGAAGGAGUACAAGAACUGCGAGCUGGACAAGAACCAGCGUCAGUGUGUGGAAUAUGCUCUUAAAGCUCGUCCUCUGCGGCGCUACAUCCCCAAAAACCCUUACCAGUACAAGUUCUGGUAUGUGGUCAACUCUACUGGCUUUGAGUACGUCAUGUUUGUCCUGAUCAUCCUCAACACCUUGUGUCUGGCCAUUCAGCACCACGGUCAGUCUCAUCUGUUUAACUAUGCCAUGGACAUCCUCAACAUGGUCUUCACGGGUGUUUUCACUGUGGAGAUGAUCCUCAAGCUCAUCGCCUUCAAACCCAGAGGCUAUGUCGGGGACGCCUGGAACGUCUUCGAUGCCCUGGUCGUGAUUGGCAGUGUAGUCGACAUCAUACUCAGCCAGAACUAUUUUGCUGAUGCAUGGAACACGUUUGAUGCCUUAAUUGUUGUGGGUAGCGUGGUUGACAUUGCCAUCACUGAGAUCAAUUCAGCAGCCAUUCCUGUCGUCAAGGUGAUAGUGGAGCCAGGGAACACAGAGGACAGCGCUCGCAUCUCCAUCACCUUCUUCCGCCUGUUCAGAGUGAUGCGAUUGGUCAAACUUCUGAGCAGGGGGGAGGGCAUCAGGACUCUGCUGUGGACCUUCAUCAAGUCUUUCCAGGCUCUUCCCUACGUUGCACUCCUGAUAGCAAUGCUGUUCUUCAUCUAUGCUGUAAUUGGGAUGCAGGUGUUUGGGAAAAUAGCCAUGGUGGAUGGAACACAAAUCAACCGUAACAACAACUUUCAAACCUUUCCUCAAGCUGUCCUGAUGCUCUUCAGGUGUGCCACAGGUGAGGCCUGGCAGGAGAUCAUGCUGGCAUGUCUGCCAGGGAAGUUGUGCGACUCCGAGUCGGACUACAACCCCGGAGAGGAGAGAACUUGCGGCAGUGGCUUCGCCAUCAUCUACUUUAUCACCUUCUACAUGCUCUGUGCUUUCCUGAUCAUCAACCUGUUUGUUGCUGUCAUCAUGGAUAACUUUGACUAUCUGACCCGCGAUUGGUCCAUUCUUGGGCCGCAUCACCUUGAUGAGUUUAAAAGGAUCUGGUCCGAAUACGACCCUGAAGCAAAGGGCCGGAUAAAGCACCUCGAUGUGGUGACUCUUCUGAGGAGGAUCCAGCCUCCACUGGGCUUUGGCAAGCUCUGCCCUCACAGAGUGGCCUGUAAGCGUCUGGUAGCGAUGAACAUGCCCCUCAACAGCGAUGGGACAGUCAUGUUCAAUGCCACCUUGUUUGCUCUGGUCCGCACCGCUCUCAAGAUUAAGACUGAGGGUAAUCUGGAGCAGGCCAAUGAGGAGCUUAGAGCUGUGAUUAAGAAGAUCUGGAAGAGGACCAGCAUGAAGCUGCUGGACCAAGUAGUGCCCCCUGCAGGCGAUGACGAGGUAACAGUGGGGAAGUUCUAUGCCACCUUCCUGAUACAGGACUACUUCAGGAAGUUCAAGAGGCGCAAAGAGCAAGGUCUUGUAGGAAGGCGCUCGUGGGAGAGGCUGAACACAACCAUGGCUCUACAGGCAGGCCUGCGGACGCUGCAUGACAUUGGACCAGAGAUCCGUCGAGCCAUAUCAUGCGACCUGCAGGAGGCGGGGCUAGUAGAGGCUAACGGAGAGGAAGAAGAGGAAAUCUACAGGCGUAACGGUGGUCUCUUUGGUAACCAUGUCAGUGCUGAUCAGCAAGGCUACUUUCACCCGACCACUGUCACCCAACGGCCGCUACAGAUCCUUCCCUUCUCCUCUAGUGCCUCGAAUGAACCCACCCAAACAGGCAGGACAGCCAGCGAGGCCGACGGAGGAGAGGAGACGGAGAUGAACUCUUCACCCAUCCAGUAUAACCAUCACUAUCACACCCCUCAUCCACAUAACUAUCCUCACUGUGUUCCCGCUUGCCAUCAAUCGCCAAUACCCUCCAAUGCCAACCUCAACAAUGCCAACGUGCCCUCACUUCUCUCCAUGACCAACGGGAGGCAGCAGAAGUGUUUGUUAAGGGGAGACCGUCCGUCCUCCACCAAAAAUGGCUCAUCAGCGUCCACUCACAGGAAAGGAGUACACGACAGGCUUUGGAAGUCGCACUCCACAAGGACACGCUACUAUGAGGCCUACAUUAGGUCAGAAACGGGCGGUGGGCUUUACUCCACCAUUCGUCGAGAGGAGCCGGGGGGUGGAGACAGCGAUGAUGAGAGAGGCUCGGGAGAGUACUUCAGCGGGGAGGAGUUUCACGAAGACGGCAUCAUGCUCACAAAGGACAGGUUGUCCAACAAAGACGACCAUGAUGCAGAGGUAGACUUUGACCUUGGGGUUUCCAGGAGUGACCAAAAGCCUGACGGUUACUUUGAUGAUGACCAACAGCCGAUCUACCAAGAUGGCAGGCGGUCACCCAGGAGGUGGCUUUUACCCUCACCUCAAGCUUCCAACAGACCAACAUUCAGUUUUGAGUGUCUUCGCAGAAGAAGUAGUCAGGAUGACGCCCCUCUCUCUCCAUCCUGCACAGCUCUUCCACUACACCUGGUGCAGCAACAGGUGAUGGCGGUGGCCGGUUUCGAUGCGAGCAGAAUUCACCGUCUGUCUCCUACACGGUCACUUUGCUCCUGGGUCACGCCCCCUGCCUCCCCCAUCAGCCGCGAGUGCUUACCAUCCUACACACCACUGAUACAGGUGGACUGGCGCAGCCCCGGCAGCGUCAGCAGCAUCCCCGGAGCAGUGAAGAGGAGUUCGUGGUACACGGACGGCCAGGACAGUCCUCACAGCCGCAGCCACUCUCCGUCACUUCUGCAGUUACCUGCUGAAUGCUGCUCACACAAACUGCAGAAGAGAGGCAGCGCCAACAGUGUGGUGGAGGCUGUGUUGAUCUCUGAGGGUCUGGGGAAAUACGCCAGGGACCCCAAGUUUGUGUCAGCGACCAAACACGUAAUCGCAGACGCCUGCGAGAUGACCAUUGAUGAGAUGGAGAGUGCCGCCAGUAACCUGCUGAACGGGAGUAUGGAUAACAGCAACACUGGGGGAACUGGGAGCGUCGGCUCGGACCCAAAUGCCACCGAGCAUCUCAGAGACUGCAGUAUCCGUGACUACAGCGACGAAGAGCCGUACGUGGCUCUGAAAUGCGAGGAGGACCUAGCAGACGAGAUGAUAUGCAUCACGUCGCUAUAG